CACAGGGAACAUGAACCCGUAUUUGACAUCGUACAUUCGGCUGAGAUCCUCACCUCCAGACCUAACGUACAAGGUCUCUGUGUGGGUGUUCUCCCUGCAAGGCGCCGGCCAGGGGCUGAGCAUGUUUGUAGGCGGGUACAUCUCCCGGCGGAUCGGGCCGAGGUGGACGGCUCUGCUCGGUGGAUGGUUCAUGAGUGCCGGGGUUGUUCUGACGUACUUCACCGUGACUCAUUCCAUCUACGCCAUCUUGGUGACGUAUGGUCUGAUGUUCGGACUUGGGAUCGGCAUAGCGUAUGCGCCGCCCUUGGCUUGUGCUAUGAAAUGGAUGCCUGAGCGGAAAGGUCUGGUGAACGGUCUAGUUCUGGCCGGGUUCGGCGGAGGGUCCUUCAUCUUUGACCAGGUCCAGACGGCUUACCUCAAUCCCAACAACCUCAGCCCACACGUGGAGGAUCCCGACGAUCCAAGCUCCAAGUAUUUCGAUGAUGACGAGAUUUUGGACAAGGUACCCACAUGUUUCUUGUUGCUGGGUGGAACAUACGCGGCCAUUCAACUCAUAGGAGCGCUCAUGAUUGUAGAUCCCCCAGAAAAGCUCCAGGCCGAUCCCGAAGAAGUGGCCCCUUUAGCACAGAAACCUGAAGGUAGUCAGAAUGACGACUUGGACAUCCAAGAAGACUCCAGGGACGAAAGAUUCGCGCCGAAAGUUGCCCAGGUCAGACCUAGGUCCCUUUCCCCCGGACAGAUGCUGAAGACUCGGGAGUUCUACAUGCUGUGGUUCAUGUUCUUUAUGAACGGAAACGCCGUGCUGUUCAUAUCGACGCUGUGGAAGGCUUUCGGCCAGACGAAGAUCGAAGACGACCACUUCCUGGCCCUGGUGGGCGCGUUCUCGGCCGUACUGAACGCCGUGGGGAGACCGUUUUGGGGCUGGCUGGCAGACAGAUUCUCCUUUAAAGUAUCCCUGAUGGGUCUGUGCACGUCCAUGAUUUUCUUCAUCAUGACGUUAUUCGCCGUUCCUGACGAAGCUGACGCCGGGGUGGGGUCAAAGGUCAUGUUCUUCAUCUGGGUGUGCGGCAUCUUCGGGUCCUUCUGUGGGAACUUUUCACUGUUUCCUACAGCGACGGCCAAAACGUUUGGUCCAGACUAUGUUGCAGUUAAUUAUGGACUGGUCUUCACUUCUGGUUUGGUCUCGUCUAUCACUGGCGGAAUCAUCACGUCGGCUCUCAUGUCCGCUCUGGGCUGGUUCGGCAUGUUCAGUCUCGUAUCGAGCAUGACGGCUGUCAGUGGGAUAAUUGCAUUUCUCUUCAAUGCAAAGAACGCCGAAGGAAGGGACGUCUAACAUGACGCUUUCAUACCUUCGAUUUGUAAGAAACAAAUGCCAUGUGCCUAGUACAUUGCCAUGUACUACAAGUCUAGUUUCCAGUCCUGAUCUAGCUAUUGUUUGAUUAGAGGAGAGAACCAGAGCUGGAACAACUGUUCUUAAUUUUGAAACUUCUUAAGUGUUCUUUUAAGUUAAAACUUUGAAAUUUUAACGAUAUGGUAACAAAAGAUUUAUUAAUUAUAUAUAAUCUUGAGCAUUUUAUAGCCCUGGUGGCUAUAGUACCGCUGUGUAUACAUACGUAAAGAACUAGGUUUACCGAUGUGAUUAAAUUUUUUGAUUUCACACAACAGGCUUGUUUUUGUUUGUAUCUUUCAGUAAUUUCAGUUAACUAUCACAAUAGAUUUUAGAGAUUCUUUAUUGAGAAGAAAACCACAUUGACGCUCACGAUGCACGUACUCGUACAUGGAUUUUCAUAUAGCUACGAAAUAAAAGACACAAAAAUGAAUACAACGAACGUUACCUUGAAAAACAAACAAUUUUCUCCUUGCAUGGUUCAUACUCUAAAUUUACGCUAAACACAAUCGUGACCCUAUGAAACAUCGCCAUAUAUCCUGGUGCAGAAUAACUAGCGACAUUUUUCUGCAAUAAUAUCAAGGUUGCUAGAGGUCGCUUUUAAUCCGUGCUGAAUUUAUGAGGGUUUUUGAGUUAGGAAUAAAUCGCAUGAUUUAUCCAAGGAGGUUGAAACUCCCUUGGUUCAUCAAUGCAUCCGUGUAGUUGUACAAGGGUAAAAUGUAAAAAAAAAAAAACAUGUUUUAGGUUUUGUUUAAUGUCUGUUUACGUUUGCCUUUAAUACUUAACUCAAAACCAAAAAAAUGGCCUUUAAUCUCAAAGUAUGUGUUUGAGAAAGGAGGUUACAAAAACCAAGGAGGGCAAAGCGUCGUCUUGCUUAUGAUAACUGUUAUGUCUUGCAGGCGGCAUCAAAUUUUAUUUUUCUGCAGACGGGUCACUUGUAUGACGUCAAAGGUUGCCCUCUGUGUUUGUGGUUUCUGUCUGACAACAAACUCACUGUAAAACUUCCGCUUGAAAGGCGUAAACAAAAUAUGUGUAUAUAAAAUUAGCACUCAAAUUCGCACAUUUGAU